AUGAGCCACGCAAGAAGGGCGGUCACGUAUGACAUCGAGAAGAAGACGACCGAUCGUGUUGAAUUAGAAGAUGUCCAUAAAAGCUCAAAGGAGCAUUCCCAAGAUAUGGCAAAAGUGAUUGCAGUAGAAGAGAUUGAUACCAACCUCUAUAUGAGCAAAGAACUCUGGGUGCCUUUAGGAUCGCGCGGCGCCUUUGGUGGACAGGUUAUUGCUCAGGCUUUGAAUUCUGCAUGGUGUACCGUAGGAGAUCAAUUUCGGAUUUAUUCUCUUCACAGCUACUUCAUCUUACCUUGCAAUGCGGAUAUACCAGUAAUCUACAAAGUACAGAGGCUUCGUGAUGGAAAGUCUUUUGCUACAAGAUUAGUCACUGCUGUCCAAAGAGGAAAGCCCUAUUUCAUUGCUAGUUUCAGCUUUGCAACCCCGGAACAAGUAGUCGGAUUAGUCCAUCAGGCACAGAUGCCAGAUGUGGCAGAGCCUGAAGAUGUGCCUUUAGAGACUGAAAGAGCAAAAGAAUGGCUUAGUACUGAUGAUCUACCUACUGAAUUCUGCCAAUAUCUUGAAAACAGAAUAAAAAAUUAUCGCUGGUUCAAGUCCUACAACAAGCUUGACAGUGACGAUGCCAAACUUCAUGCUUGUUCAAUUGCAUAUGCCUCGGAUAGUGGGAUUAUUCUUACUGCUGCAAAGGCUAAUGGAUACAUUUAUGACACCAUGGGAAUGGUGGUUAGUCUGGAUCACUCUAUUUGUAUAAAUAGGCUUUUGUAUGAUAUACACAGCCCACGUACAAGUGAAGGCCGUGGCAUUGCAUUUGGCAGAAUUUAUAGCAGAGAAGGCACAUUGGUUGCCACAACAGCACAAGAAGGUCUCGUUCGUUUAUCCGAAAAGGGUCAAAUAAUAGAAAAACAAAAAAGGGAUCAUGAAAACAGCCCUGCAGACGCCAGUAAACUAUAA